AUGCCAGUGCGGAAAUCACUCCGAACGAAGCAGCGCAAGGAGCCUGCGGCGGCGGCCAGCACCAACUCGUCUUCGGCUGGGGUCACCAAAACACGCAAAAACACGCCUGGCCGCGGCAGGCCGGGCAGGAAGCCCAAUGCGGCCAAGAACGCGACCAAGCCCGCCACGGGGCCCGUCAGCAUCGGCAAGAGCCUGAAGAAGUGGCUUUUCGAGGACAUUGUCAACCACAAGUGGGAGGACGACAAGAUCCUGCUCGAGGUCCGCUGGCAGGGCACCGACGAAACCAGCUGGGAGCCUGAGGUCAACAUCCACCGCGACGCCAAGAGGGCUCUCGUCCAGUACUGGAAGGCCCAGGGAGGACGACCUGUCAACCCCCAGGAUGAGGGCCUCUUCACCAUCUAUGCCCUCAAGGGCGUCAAGACCGACCCCAAAGGAGAGCGCUUCAUCCAGGUCGAGUGGGUUGGCUUCUCAAGACCCACCUGGGAGCCUGAGUCGGCCAUCAAGGCUGCCGCGCCCGAUGCUUUGGAGGCGUUUCUCGAGAAGAAAGGGGAGAAGUAG